UAUUGUGGAGAUGUAUAUAAGCCAAUAUUAAAGACGACAUAGAGACCUUUCUAAAAAAGAAGUCGACUACACUUCUUCACAAUGAAACAAUGAAAGACAACUCAGAGAGAUAUCUUUCAGUUGAGAGCAUCUUUCAGCAAAUUCAGUGUAAAGAACUGUUAAUGCGAAAUGUAUUUGUCUUGAAUCUAUUGCUAUAGUUUUCUUAAGUGGAAAGAAAACAAGGUAUUAUAAAAGUAUCUUAUUCAAGAUUAUAUAUGAGAAGUACCUAGAUUAAGUCUUUAAUACGAAAGAAAAAGCGAAAACACUUUGAUCAAUGCCCAAUUUCCAAGAAGGCUAGACAAAACGGCUCUCACGCUAUGACUACAUCGGAACCACUAUUGUAUACGAUUGUCGCACGUGUAGGAAAGUCCAAAGGGAAAUCCUUCGUUCUAAAAGAAGACUUAAUUAAUGACAAUAUUGGAGGUAUUGAAAUGAAUAACUUUGAGUCAUCACUCCUAGGCAGAUUAACCAUACUUGUGAAACAUCGGUCCUAUAUAAGGAUAUAUGUGAGUCAUCGUAUUGCCAUAAAGUCGAUUCAAGAAACUGAAAAAACACAUGUGCUAGUGAUUAUUGAUUGUGCAAAUUCAUUGGUGGAACGUAAUGUCAAGGUUAAUGCUACCAACCUGUAUCAAGAGUAUUCGGACGUUUCUGGCAAUGUGAGUGAAACGUUUUGGAGCUAUUUGCACCGGCAAUUCCCUGAAAGUGAACUGGACUUACCAGAGCCCUCUCUUGAUGACCAUGUUGACAGCAUAGCGCUGCCGUCUCCGAGUGAGGCCCCGGCGACUCCAGCAGCUCACACCAUGUUGAACUUUAUCAGCGCCGAAACGUCGAGUAGCCAAGCAGACGGCACGUUAUCCAGCCAAAGGACUAGUGCGUCCGGCAGUGUUGGCGCCUUAACCCAAAACGAUCAGCAGGAUAUAAACGUGAAUGUCUCAUUGGCUACAGCGAUCGUCGCCGAAGACGUGACGGACAACGUCAGCCUACCAGCGUCGAGACCUUUUCCUUUGGAAUCGACAUUGAACUUUGGGGUCAAACAGGACGAAUCGCUGCUCGGUGCAACAGCGUCCGAAGACAGCCUCCGGCCGGUUUUCAAAGAGAGAGAAGGCGAGCAGCAGGAGGACAGGUCUCAUGCGGUCGAUGCGAGGCACGUCAAGGAAUGCCUGUGGGCGGUGCAGCAUGAAAACAAGAUCUUGGAAACGUACAAGCAAUGUGUCCUCUGCAAGAAAAACGCCAGAGACAUCACUUUCUUGCCGUGCGGCCAUUUUAUCACUUGUAGAGUUUGUGCGGGCCCGAUUUUUACUUGCACGCUUUGCAACAGGGCCAUCCUUGCUACCAUUGAUACCUAUUUGAGUUGAACUGUUCACUUCUUAUCAAGGUAAUUUAUUGAAAAAACUUUUUAAAAAAUGUUAUAGGCCUAUACAAACAGAAAGAGAAGAAGCAUGCAUACAUUUAGGUGUGACUUUUAGAAAACUUGAAAUUGUUUGUUUAUAUCUGUGAAUGAUUAUGUUUUGAUAUUUAAAAAGAUAUUUUGUAUAAAUUAAUUGUUCCGAAAAAUUCUAUUCCAAAUCUAUUUUUAUCAAAUUUUCUUUUUUUUUUUUUCUUCUGUUCAGUCUUAUAAAAUCACCAUUUAUUUGAUAUCAAGUUUUGUUCUCAACAGACAAUAAAAAUAUAAACACAGGUGUUGUUACCCCGCCCCAUUUUUUUUGUUUAUUUUUGUGUAGAAAUUUGUUCGGAUCUUAUUCAGAAAAGCUUCACUGCGUGAGAGCUCAACCAGCUAAUAGAUCAUGUGAGCUCAACCCAGCUAAUAGAUCAUGUGAGCUCAACCCAGCUAAUAGAUCAUGUGAGCUCAACCCAGCUAAUAGAUCAUGAGAGCUCAACCCAGCUAAUAGAUCAUGUGAGCUCAACCCAGCUAAUAGAUCAUGAGAGCUCAACCCAGCUAAUAGAUCAUGUGAGCUCAACCCAGCUAAUAGAUCAUGUGAGCUCAACCCAGCUAAUAGAUCAUGAGAGCUCAACCCAGCUAAUAGAUCAUGUGAGCUCAACCCAGCUAAUAGAUCAUGAGAGCUCAACCCAGCUAAUAGAUCAUGAAAGAACAAAGGAGUGACCAGAACGUUCGUCAAUAGAACUUUCUUAUUUCACUACCUGGGAAUCAUGUCCACGUUAAUUAGUCAUUUCCCAUUCCCCCUCACAUAGGUCUCGCCAGCCACAUAAGGAAGCACAAAAGCCCUCAGCCCCCCUGGAUGAUAAAAGUGGUCAUCAUCGAACCACGAGGGAAGAAUUAUAUAUAUAUAUAUAUAUAUACAUAUAUAAUUAUGACCACCCAGUCAGAAUCGUGACCCAAGUAACCUCGUAUGCUGUCUAUAAACUACCUUUUUGGGUUUAGAUCAUAACAUUCCUCAAAAAUUAAAACUAUUUAUUAUUAUGGCAAUGUACUCUGACAAUUUCUAAUAAAGUUAGUCAGUAAAGAUAAAUGUUGAAGUCUCAAGAUUUUGAUACAAUCUUUGCUGCUUGCCAUAAAUCUAGUUCGCAUGUAAUUUUUCUCUUUCUAAAUACAUACCCGGUAUUUUAGGAUGUUGUAUUAUGUUUAAUUCAUGAGAUUCGCAUACGAUUUUUCAAUAGCAUAUUUUUUUCAAUAGUUGAUUUGACGAGCUUUUUAUUAUUAACCAAAAAAUCGCUGAGUAUUAGGCCUAAGUAAAGAUCAUUUUCGGUGACUAAUUAUGUAUCAUAGUACACAAAUUAGGUGUGCGAAUACAAUCAGUAACUAAACGCAUCAAAACUAAUGACAAGCAGAAACAGGAACAAGAAUAUGCCUCAUUUCGAAAUAGUACUAACCAGAUUCAUCACGCUAUUCAUCCGCUAUCCGUCACGUCACUUCCUAAUCAGGAAAACAAAUUUGGAUUAGCAAUUUAAAAAAACAACAACUUGGAUGUUGCCUUUUCUGUUUAAUGGGAAAACUGUUUUGUUUUUUGUUUCCCCGUGGCACUAAAAAUAGGUUUGCGGAAGUGUAUAAUAAAAUUGUUCUUUUACCUCUAGCUAGAUUAUAUCUUUUCUCUAUUUUUUUAUGUAAAUAUUCUUUUGGGCGUCUUUCGUACUAAAAAUCUAGAGUGCUCGUGGUCCAAUCCUGUAGGUGGACAUCCGAGAAAAGGGGUGGGGGUGUAUCUUGGUGAAGGUUUCCGUGCUGCCUUUAGCAACUUAGUUCGAGUCGGUAAUCCAAGCGCUUUGCAAUUCGGGCACCACGCCCACGGAAGCGUGUACUAUGCUUUUAGAUUGUUAGAAGUAGCAGAAGUCGUUUAAACUCUGUGUAUCGGUACAUCAAGCAAAGUUACUGUGAGGCCUCAUUCUGGGCAUAGGCAAACUAGGCAGGCCGCCUAGGGCCUCCGAUUAACGAGGGGGCCUCGCAUAGGAGUCAUAACAAUUUUUUUUAGAUAAGAAAUAGCUUGACUUGUGUCUAAUGGUAUUGUUGGAGUAUACUAGGUAUUAAAUAGAUGUGCUUUUUUUUUUCGCUGAUUUUUUAUAUAUUUUUUCUAUUUCCUUUGCGGCCCUCAGAUCCUUUCCGCCUUGGGCCUCCAAAUAUCUAAGGCCUGGCCUGCCUCAUUUGCUACAAUCACGUUCACCUUAUUUUCUAACUUAAAGAGAGAUAAGGUCCAUCGGUCAGAUGAUGUUUCAUCUGUUUCUGUUGCCCAAGGUUAACGGGGGUGUCCUGUGGCCAACAUAACGACCAACCACUUUUACUUUACCCCAACUAAUGUCAGGUAUCCAUUAAGCUGGAUGGACUAAGAGGCGCCCUAUACAUCCUGAAAUAAAAACCCCACUCUUCACCAGCAUUGGAAUCCGAGAUGUCCGGUUCGGAAGAAUGGCGUAUUACUACCCAGCCACCGCGCCUUCGGUUUGAUCGUUAUAAUUGUUCUUAAUUUUAUAAUGUAAAAUUUAAUUUGGUCUGGACUAACUUAUUUAAUAAAAUCUGUAAAAAAAAAUAAAAAAAUCUGAAGAUCCACAAUAUGAGACUAACAAGACCAUAUUUGUCAUGACACAUGAACUUGGAGAUACGCUAUAAUGUUGAAACAAUCUAGAGAUUUCGUACUUCCCCCAUCCCCCGGGCACCAAUAUGAUAAGGCGUAGAACUUGACAAAAAGACGCCCAUAACCGCCAUUUAAGGUAUGCUCGAAGCAUCGAAAUAGCUUUAAAAUGAAACCUAAAGUAUAAUGCAAUCAUAUAUAACCCAAUCACUGUUCAAAGUGUUGACCAGUUUCGUGCUGACUCUUGGCUUCUAAAGGAAUAGGAUAUAAAUAUUUGAGACGUAUUUCACGUUUUAUAUCAGUAAAUAUUUGUUAUUUCUAAUUAUAUACCGGUAUUUAUUGUAUCUUUAAUUAGGUUUUGGAUAUGUGAAUUAAAAGUGUUCUGCAUUUUUUUUUCUGGAUUGGUUUUAAUCUAAUACGUGUGUUUCUAUGGUAACUGUAGGAAGAGGUUAGCGAUUGGUUGUGAAUGAAGAAAGACAAGCGGCAAUGUCGUCAGUUGUCUUAUGUACGUCAGAGCUCCAGAAUGCCAAACUGAAAAGACGUGUUUUUGUAGUGAUUUAGAUUUUACCUUUUUUUAUAUUAUUACUAAAGUCUACUACAUACAUUCCAUUUAAUCUCAAGUUGAAUUUGUCUAUAUUGUAGUAAAAGUUAUGUAAAAGUUAUGUAAAAGUUAUGAAAAAGUUAUGUAAAAGUUAUGAAAAAGUUAUGUAAAAGUUAUGUAAAAGUUGUAAAAGUUAUGUAAAAGUUAUGUAAAAGUUAUGUAUAUUUUGUUCACAAAGGAAGUUAUUUUGAGCUUUAUAAGAAUAUAUACGCUAGAGCGGUUUUGUUGUCUACCAGCAGUUUGGUGCUACAAGUCAACGACAGUACACAACACUUUGUUUAUGCUUUAUUCAAUUUUUAUACAAGGAAAUGGAACCGCUGGAGUAUAUUGUGUAACUGGAAAUCAUUCAAAGAAAUUGAACGACUUGACACCACUAUAUUCAGUUUGGUAUCUUUUUAUUCAUGGUCCCCCAAGGUUUAUAUCGAAGACAGCCAAUGCAUUCUAAGAAAGUAAUUACAUCUUUGUUGGCUUCCAACUCUGAAAGAUCAGUGCGUCCUGAGGCUUUACGAAUCAGGCUUAAUAAGAGUGUAAAUAGGUUGAUUGAUAUCAGUUAGUUGGGUAGAGUCUAGUUCAGUAGUGCAACUGUUAAUUAUUCUACGUGUCCUAUUUCAUGUUGUGGAGUUUAUUGUCUGCUCAGUCGUAUCGUACAUUCAUUCAUGUUGUGACUACUUGGUACUUACUUACAAAUUCAAUGUUUCAAGACAUGCUAUUAAAAAUGUCAUUAUUUUUUAUUUGUAUUACUGUUCAGUGAAUUCUUAACCCAAAUAGCUCACACUGUUGUGCCGUGCGUCUUGUACGUUUCCACACUACAGCGUUGGAAAGCUUGCAAAAGUUGAUGUUUUUUAAACUUUCUUAUAAGAAGAGCAUAUUAUGUCUCGUUUGAAAUGAAAGCCUUAUGGCUAUUUUUUUUUUUUAGUGAAAACUGCAUGCGUAUCGCUUUUUUUAUACUUUUUAAAGAAUUUUUUCUAACGAACAGGACAUAGCCCCAGUAUUAUAUGACCGCAUCAUGGGCAUAUUUUUUAUUUUUUUGUAUAUAUUCUAAAAUGUAUUAUAAGUAUAUAUAAAUAUAUAUUUUAUAAUUAGA